AUGCCUAACUUCUCAAAAUUUUCAGAUAUCUGUGCCAAAUGCUCCAGCCCGAUUGUGGCGGACACUCCGGGCGUGACGGCGUUGGGCAAACCCUACCAUGUGAAUUGUUUUGCGUGUGAUGUGUGUCAAAAACAACUGGCUGGAUGCUCCUUCUACAACGUGGAUGGCAAAAAUCUUUGCCAAGUGGAUUACAUGGUAUGUUGUUUACAUGACAGCUCCAGAUAGACUUCACAAAACACAUGAAAAAUGGCUGUUUUUGGGCGGGGUAGAGAUAAAUUGGCUAUAAGUUUAUGGUUUGAGAAAAAAUUUUGGGCGGGGUAAAAAAAAAUUUUUUUUCGGUGGGGUGUUAAAAAAUUUUGAUAACUAAAAAAAAUUGCACGUUUUAAAUGUGUAUAAUAUAAAUUUUGGACACUACUUCCCUUGCUCAGCACUGUAAUUUCCAAAAAAACGUGGUUUACAUGAGUACACAGAUUUUAAGGCCCUCAGGGGAUUUGCUCAGAUUGCAGCUGAAACUUCUCUGCAAUCCGUAAAAAACUCGUUCGAAAUUAUGCCUGAGGGAAUUUGGGUCCGAUAGGAACGGCCGUUAGUCAUUGUUAUUGGGAUGGAAUAUCAAAGAAGUUAAUGGCUGUAAAUCUCUUUUUAUGGCCGUAUUUACUGAAUGGAACGGGAUAUGAGCGACUUUAUGAACUGGCAUGGCAAUUAAAGAAAAAAAAACAAAAAUUUAAAUUUUCUUGAAAUUUUGAAAAAGGUGGAGGUACGGAGAGGGAGAAGUCUAAAAAAUCUAAAAAUUUUUUUGAUCGUUGUCUGUUCUACCCUAUCUACCUUGAUUUCUUUCUUGCCGAACCCAUACAAUAGUUUUACCUUUUUCAUCACCCAUAACCUCAAAAUAAUUACCGCUCCCCCCAAUAACCUUAUAAUCAUUACUGCCCUGCGCUGCCUGUGCCUUUUUUCUUAUCCUAUCUUACUCUGUCCUGCCAUACCCUACCUGACCCUUCCAUAGUUUUCCCUAAUCUACGCUACUUUGCUUUAAACUAUCUUAUUCUGUUCUACACUUAUUCACUCUAGCCUUCUGCGCCGUACCGUACUAUUAAAAGGUUUUUUCCCUUUCUACCCUAUUCUAUUUUUAUAAUUUUAAAAUUUCCAGUCCAAAAACCAAGUUAUUUUUGAAAGUUCACAGACUGAAAGAAUCAAAUUUCAAAGCCAAAUUUAACAUUUUUAUGGCGCUUUAAACCGAUUUAAAAUUUAUGAUCCUCAAAUUGGAUUUGAAUUUAAAUUUGAGAAAAUAUCCGCUGGGAAAUUACAAAGGGCAAACAUUAAAAACAUUGUCAAAUGUAUAUGGAACAACAUAUUUUUUAUCGAUUUUUUAAAUUUUUUGAUAACACAAAAGGCGUAUUUUACAAAUAAUUUUGCAAUUUUGGAAUUAAAAACUUUUAAAAAUUUAAAUUUCGAAAUUUUUUUUUCGAAUAAUUUUUUUUAAAUUUAAAAAUUUUUCAGAAUUCCUUGGAAAAAUGUGAGAAGUGCCAAACCCCAAUUACCCAGAAGAUCCUCCGAGCAUUGGGAAAACCCUUCCACCCUGAUUGUUUUGUCUGCCCCAGCUGCCAGAAGUCCCUGGACGGUAUUCCAUUCACAGUCAGUAAAGAAAAUGUGGCUUACUGUCUCGACUGUUAUCAUGAGUAAGUUUUUAAAAUAUCUUUUCAAAAUUUUUUUAAUUUUUCAAAAAGACGUGCUUCUCGUAUUUUACAAUAACAUAGCAUGGUCAUGCCAAUAUUGAAUGACUAAAGUAAAUCUAGGUUUAUAUAGGCCAAGUUAGGGCAUGAUGUUGCUAAAUGACUCACUUUUUAAUGCCAAUAUUGAUUUUAGCUUUUAAAUGAUAGGGUAUGUAAGGGCUAUAACUAAGGUAAGGUAAUGCAGCACAGGGCUUAGGCUAGGGCGUGGCUCAGGGUUUUUGGCCAGAGAGUUUGGCUACUGCUUAUGACUAGGGCUAGGACUUAUACUAGAAUUCAAACUAGUCCUAAGGCUUACCCAGAAUAUGGCUCAGGGUUUUUGGCCAGAGAGUUUAUCUACUACUUAUGACUGGGGCUAGGACUUGGACUAGAGUUCGAACUAGUUCUAAGGCUCAAGCUAAAGUUCAGGCUAAAGCUCAGGUUAGGGCUCUGGGCUAGGGCUCUGGGCUAGGGCUCUGGGCUAGGGCUCUGGGCUAGGGUUCUGGGCUAGAUCUUUCAGCAUAACUUAGGGCAGGGUAAUUUAGUUUUAAUAACUAAAAACCUAAUUUCCAUACUUAAAACUCUCCUAUUUUAGACGUUUUUCGCCUCGCUGUGCCGUCUGCCUAAAAGCCAUUGCUCCAUCGGCCAACGAAACCGAGGUGGCACGAGUGAUUGCCAUGGAUAAGAGCUAUCACGUCGGUUGCUACAAAUGCGAAGACUGUGGAAUGCAAUUGAACUCGAAAGUCGAGGGUGCGGCUUGUUACCCAUUGGAGCAGCAUCUCUUUUGCAAAAACUGCAACUUGAACCGUCUGAAGGCCGUACGCUGA